AUGCCUUCAGCUGAAGAAAAGGAAAACAUUGCUGCAUGUGCCAUAAUUGAUCCUUUCCAGGCUCCAUAUGAGUAUGUUCAGAGAGGAGACCUAAUCAUUGGAGGGAUAAUGUCUCAGCUUGCAUGUUUAACUGAUGAAUUACAUUUUAGUGAACAACCCAAGAUAAAAUUUGUAGAUCAGCUUAUAACAAAAUCCAAGAAAUAUCAGAAUGUCCUCUCCUUGGUAUUUGCUGUGAAAGUGAUAAAUGAGAACCCUCAGAUCUUACCAAAUAUCAGCCUGGGAUUUCACAUCUAUGACAGCUAUGAAAAUGCAAGGAUAACUCACCAGAACACCCUGAAUCUUCUCUCUGCCACAGAAAAAAUCAUUUCCAACUUCAGAUGUGACAGUCAGAAGAAUCUGGUAGCUGUUAUUGGAGGAUUAAAGCCUGACACCUCCCUUCACAUGGCUAGUAUCUUAGGCCUCUACAAGAUGCCACAGAUUUCCAGCUGUGUAUUAGCACCAGCAAUGAACAUUCAAUUACAGUUUCCUUCCUUCUACCGGAUGGUUCCCAAUGAAGUACAUCAGUAUAAAGGAAUUGUGCGUCUCCUUCAGUAUUUCCAGUGGAUAUGGGUGGGGAUUGUUGCCUCAGAUAAUGACAACGGAGAGAAGUUCAUGCAGACCUUAAUACCAAUGCUCUCCAAGCAUGGAAUCUGUACAGCCUUCAAGGAAAAGACACCAUCCGUAUCUAAUGCAUUAGAGAAUUUCAGUUCAUUAGAACUUAUCCGGGCCAAGUCCUCUGUGAUAGUAACACAUGUAAAAGUACUGGUGGCAUGUGCAGAUACUCAGACUAUGACAAGUUUGUUAUGGAUGACAUAUUACUUUUCAUUAUUAGAAGAUGUCGCACAAAUGUCUAUGGGCAAAGUGUGGAUUUUGACAGCUGAAUGGGAUUUCUCAUUUGAAACAAGGCUUAGGGGUAUGGACAUGCAACUGUUUAAUGGUGCCUUGUCUUUUGCAAUUCACUCAAAUGAAGUACAGGGCUUUACAAAAUUCCUGCAGAACCUACAUCCUAACUCUGCCAAAGGAGAUGGUUUUAUCAGGAACUUCUGGCAACAGGCUUUCAACUGCUUAUUUUCUGAUUCAAAUGAGCCAAUGGACAAUACUGAUACCUGCACUGGACAAGAGAAACUGGAGAGCCUCCCUGGUGCUUUUUUUGAAAUGAGCAUGACUAGCCACAGUUACAGCAUCUAUAAUGCAGUCCAGACCAUAGCACACAGUUUACAUAGUAUAUUCAGGCCAAAAAACGGAGUAGAAAGAAAUAGAUUUAAUCAUCAAAAUCUGCAGCCCUGGCAGCUUCACUUUUUCCUGAAGAAUAUCUCAUUUAACAACAAUGCAGGGGACUUUGUAUCUUUUGAUGAGAAUGGUGAAUUAGCAGGUGGAUUUGAUAUAAACUGGGUUACUUUUCCAAACCACUCCUUUCUACGAGUGACAGUAGGGAGAAUUAAUCCACAAGCAGUGCAAGGCCAAGAGUUCACCAUGAAUGAAGAGGCAAUCACAUGGCACAACAUAUUUAAUCAGGUGUUGCCACUUGCAGUGUGCAAUGAGCACUGCCAUCCAGGCUACAGCAGAAAAAAGAAGGAGGGAUUGCCGUUUUGUUGCUAUGAUUGUGCUUUAUGUCCAGAUGGGAUGAUUUCAAAUCAAAAUGACAUGAAUUAUUGCUUCAAAUGUCAAGAAACUCAAUUCCCAAAUAAGAACAGAGACCAAUGCAUUCCCAAGAUUCUCCAUUUCCUCUCUUUCUCAGAACCCCUGGGGAUCUGUUUAGCAGUCUUGGCUCUCUCUUUUUCUUUGAUCACAGUGCUGGUUCUUGGAGUCUUCACAAAACAUUGGGACACUCCCAUUGUCAAAGCCAACAAUCGGGACCUAACAUGCUCUCUGCUCAUCAGCCUUUUUCUCUGCUUUCUCUGCUCCUUGCUAUUCAUCGCCAAGCCUCACAUUGUGACCUGCUGCUUACGACAAACUACUUUUGGCAUUCUCUUCUCAUUUGCUGUGUCUUGUGUGUUAGCAAAAACCAUCACAGUGGUUCUGGCUUUCAUGGCCACGAAACCAGGAUCCAGGAUGAGGAAAUGGGUGGGGAAAACAUUCACAAACUCUAUUCUGCUUGCCUGUUCCUUUAUACAAACCUGCAUUUGUACUGUAUGGCUCAGUACUGCUCCGCCAUUUCUAGAGUUUGACAUGUACUCAAUGACUGAAGAAAUUGUAGUAAAAUGCAAUGAAGGUUCAAUUUCAAUGUUUUAUUGUGUCUUUGGUUACUUGGGAUUUCUGGCUAGAGUUAGCUUUGCCGUGGCUUUCCAGGCCAGGAAGUUGCCAGACAGUUUCAAUGAAGCGAAGUUCAUCACUUUCAGCAUGUUGGUGUUUUGCAGUGUUUGGUUGUCCUUUGUUCCCUCUUACCUGAGCACCAAGGGGAAAUACAUGGUGGCUGUGGAGAUCUUCUCCAUCUUGGCCUCCAGUGCUGGGUUAUUGGGAUGCAUCUUUUUCCCAAAAUGCUACAUAAUCAUCAUGAGGCCUGACCUGAACAGCAAAAACCAGAUAAUUUGCAGAAAUCAAUAA